GCAUUGGUGACUGAUAUUGAAACCAGUCUCGCAGAGCAGCGCCUCCCUCCUGGUGUUCGGUAUGCAUGUCUAUUUUGGAUCCAGCACCUCCAGAGGAGCGAGGCCCAGCUUCAAGAUGGUGACUAAGUACACUGUUUCCUACAAGAGCAUUUCCUUCACUGGCUCGAAGCUCUCGGAUGGAUGGGGCAAGCAUCGGAAGGAGUUUAUGCCAUCGGGUCUUUAGAGUCGUUUGCUUCCUUAAGUGACUGCCCUAACCUCUCGGAUAUCAUCUAUGAGGCGAAGUGGUUCGUGGUCUACAAUCAAUACACUAUCGGGUUAGCUCCCCCUCGGACAUACUGUAGGGCCCUCGUAUUCGCACCGACAAUGAGUAUAAUAAGAAAGCAAUUCGUAAAUUGCAUACCUAGAUGGAUACGAAGGUUACCACAGGUCGAAGAGAAAUGGGAUGCGGUGCUGCAGACGCUCGAGGGCCAUUCGGACGGGGUCACGGCCAUGGCCUUCUCUCCGGGCGGCAAUACGCUGGCGUCGGGCUCGCACGACAAGACGGUCAGACUGUGGGACGUUGCGUCAGGUAUGGUGCGGCAGACGCUUGAGGGCCAUUUGGACUUGGUCGCGGCCGUGGCCUUCUCGCCGGACGGCAAGACGCUGGCGUCGGGCUCGCGCGACAAGACGGUCAAGCUGUGGGACGCAGCGUCAGGGGCGGUGCUGAAGUCUCUGGGUGUUGGCGAUAUUGUCGAGACUCUCUCUUUCUCCGACGAUAACACCUCUCUCCGAACAAACCGAGGGCCAAUUCCUAUUUCAUUAUCUCUCUCUGACGAUGGACCUGUAUUUCAACCACAAGUUCCACCACUUAUCUUUGUCAACGACGAAUGGGUUUGUCACGAUACCGAGCGUAUUCUUUGGCUUCCUCCUGAAUAUAGAUUAGCCAAAGUUGCAGUCUAUGGAAGCGUUGUUGCUCUCGGCUGCGGAACUGGAAGAGUUACAAUCAUGAUAUUCGCUUUCUGA